AUGUGCAGGACCUGCUCAACCCAGGAUGACACCUCCUCAGAGCUGUGGAGAGGAGCUCCCCCGGAUGGGGAGGAGCAGACAGCUGCCUCUGCUUUCCGAGGCCGGAGAGCCUUGGCCAGGAUAGCCCGGCUGGUGCUGGUGCUGAGGGACUGGGCCAACAGGAGCUUGCAAGAGGAGCAGCAGAGGCCAGACCCCUUCCUGGAGCGCUUCCAAGGCCCCGAGCUCCCGACAGUGGCUGCAGGCACUGGUGAUGAACCAGAGGAUGAGGAGACUGAGAAGUUAAACAACAAGAGGAAAUGGCAGUUCUUUGUGGUGGACCCUGCUGGGGACUGGUAUUACCGUUGGCUGGCUGUGAUUGCAGUUCCUGUCCUCUAUAACUGGUGCUUGCUCAUAGCCAGGGCUUGCUUCACUGACCUGCAAGAGACCUACGUUGUCCUGUGGCUGGGGUUAGAUUACAUCUCAGAUGCUCUCUACCUUGGGGACACAGUGAUCCGCCUGCGCACAGGGUUUUUGGAACAGGGCCUCCUGGUUAAGGACCUGAAGAAGCUACGGGAUAACUACAUCCACACCCUACAGUUCAAGCUGGAUGUUGUCUCUGUCCUGCCCACAGACCUGGCAUACUUUGCAGUGGGAUUGCACUGCCCUGAAUUACGUUUCAACAGGUUGCUGCACUUCUCCCGUAUGUUUGAGUUCUUUGAUAGGACUGAGACCAGAACCAGCCACCCCAACAUCUUCCGCAUCAGCAACUUGGUUCUUUACAUCCUGGUCAUCAUCCACUGGAAUGCAUGCAUUUAUUAUGCCAUCUCCGAGGCCAUAGGCUUUGGAGAGGACACCUGGGUCUAUCCCAAUGUCACAGACCCUGAAUAUGGGCAUCUGACCCGGGGGUAUGUCUACUGUCUUUACUGGUCUACGUUGACUUUGACCACCAUUGGAGAGACCCCUCCCCCUGUGCGUGAUGAAGAAUAUCUCUUUGUGAUCUUCGACUUCCUCAUCGGGGUCCUCAUCUUUGCCACCAUUGUGGGGAAUGUGGGAUCCAUGAUAUCCAACAUGAAUGCCACCAGGGCAGAGUUCCAGGCAAAAAUUGACUCCAUCAAGCACUACAUGCAGUUCCGCAAGGUGAGCAAAGACUUGGAAACCAAAGUCAUCAAGUGGUUUGACUACCUGUGGACCAACCAGAAGGCAGUGGACGAACGGGAGGUCCUCAAGAACCUCCCUGAUAAGUUAAGGGCAGAGAUUGCCAUCAACGUUCACCUGGAGACACUGAAGAAGGUGAGGAUUUUCCAGGACUGUGAGGCAGGACUGCUGGUGGAGCUGGUGCUGAAGCUUCACCCUCAGGUGUUCAGCCCAGGGGAUUACGUUUGCCGGAAAGGGGACAUUGGGAAAGAGAUGUACAUCAUCAAGGAGGGGAAGCUGGCUGUGGUGGCGGAUGAUGGAACCACACAGUAUGCUCUGCUCACUGCAGGAGGCUGCUUUGGAGAGAUCAGCAUCCUCAACAUCAAAGGGAGCAAAAUGGGCAACAGGCGCACGGCCAACAUCCGUAGCUUGGGCUACUCUGAUCUCUUCUGCCUGUCAAAGGAAGAUCUUAUGGAAGCAGUCACAGAGUAUCCUGAUGCCAGAAAGAUUUUGGAGGAGCGUGGCCGGGAGAUACUGAUCAAGGAAGGGCUGCUGGAUGAGUCAGCUGCAGAGGAAAGCACAGAAGGGAAGAGCAUGGAGGAGAAGCUGGACAGGGUGGCCUCGAACCUGGACACACUGCACACCCGCUUUGGCCGGCUCCUGGCAGAGUACAGUGAUGCCCAGAUGAAGCUCAAGCAGCGCAUCACUGCUCUGGAGUCCAGGAUGAGGCAGCAGGAACUGGAGGACUUCUUCUCUGACAGCUCAGACAGUCUGCUUGAGGACGAGGAGAAAGCUUCACCUGGUGGGAUGCACUGAGGGGGAGCAGAGGUGAACUGGAUGAUGUCUGCCUUGCACUGAGACAGUUUUUGCUGUUUCACAAGGCAGAUCCUGUGGCUGCCUUGCCAAGGACUUCUCUCGAGUCCUUAGAGUUGCUGCUGCCACUGCCUUGAUGGCACCUGACAUGGCUCCAAGUCAAGGGAUUGUUGUGGCUCCUCCUCCAUCCUGUCCCUUUUCUCGUUGCCUUGAUCUGAGACCUUGGACUUGGGUCACUAAAAAGAGGAGAAUGGUUGAUGCCACAGAUGACAUUUCCUUCCAGCUCCUCCAAAAGGUCUGUGCCCAC